GAAAAAUUAGAAGCACAAUCAAUUUGUUUGGGAAAAUUUUAACUAUUCUAAUUAACAACAGAACUUAGUAAAUUAUUUCAGUUUAAAAAUAUAGUAUAUACAUAUAAAUACAUAUAUAUGUACAUUCGUUGAAAGUUUUCAUUGACGGAAAAUAAAAUGAUUGCUAAAUAUCUAUUGCACAUCAUAUAGAAAUUCAAUAAAAUACGAUAAAAUCCCAAAUUUAGCUCACAUUUCGGAUAUUAGUGCUGUUUUUUUAAUAUUAAAUACAUACAUAUGUACAUGUUUGUAUGUAAUUACCAAUCAAAAGUACGCAAAGCUGCCAACUUACAAUGCUCAGCAGUAGUUUUGAUUUUGAUAGCAUUAGAAAAAAAGGUUUGGAUUUGACUGCGAAAUGCUUCCCUAAUAACUAUUCAAAUUUAUCGGACCGAUUGGAUUUCGCGCCAAAUAAUAGCCAAAGGCUUGCCGAGCAAACCAGUGACCUAUACCCCAAAUGUUCAUGUACAACGGAGGCGGAGCUUCGUUUGGCUAGUAUGCGUAUAUUUGCCACAAUAAUGUUGAAUGCUUGGCGCCGUCGUCGGGAGGAUGUUAAACGGUUAUUGGUUAAAGUUGAAGAGCUUAAAAAAGGAACACAAAAAGCAAAAAAUAAGAUUCAUGUCUACAACACUCUUUUUCGUGUCGAGCAGAAACGAAAUGAUGAGCUGUCUUGUCAGCUAAAGUGUUCUAUAGAGAGCGUAAUGCACGCAAAGUCCUCUUGUGAAAACCUCUCCACAAGUGUGAUUAGCUUAGAAGCGGAACGCCUUCUUCUUGAACAAGAUUUGACAAAUAAAAGUAAGGAACUUGAAGCGCUCACCGACAUACUGAGCCAAACCAAAGAACAACUUCUUCAAUCAAUGAUAGACCAACACAAUCUACGCUUUACCCUGAACAAAGAGCAACGUUUGGUACAGGAAUUGGAAAAUCAGAAAAAUAAGUUAAUAAAUGAGCUCUAUCAGCUAACAAAUGAGAGUCGCGAAACAGAAGAUAAAUAUCGAACAGAAUUAGUACGAAAGGAAGUUGAUUUAGAACGCUCGAAUGCGAAGGUUAGCCUUCUUGAGGAGAUGUUAAAUGGCUUAAAAGAGAAGUCCCAACGCGUUGAUGAGUGUACAGCUAAUGACGCCCGCCUUCGAGAGGAAAUUGAAAGCCUUCACAAAAUGGGUGCCACACUCCAACAAGCUCUAGAUAACACAUUUGGGAAACGGAUGAGUGCCUAUUGGAAGAAGAUGUACGUUUACCAGCAUAAGAGUUUUCAUUUUGCGCAAACAUUUUUGUACUACCUAUUACCUGCGGUGCCUCACUCUAGUGGCUGUUCUAAAUUAAAAAAUAUAUAAAAUUUCACUGAAAGUAACAUUAAAAAAGGAUAUACAUAUAAAGUA